AUAGAAAAAGACGCUUCUACUUCAGAUAUACCACAAAAGGCUCAGGUUAUUUACUAACGAAUGUCGAUAUGUGAUCCCAAAACGGUAUGAAAAUGACCACUAUGAGUAGCCCAACAUCAUGUAGAUCACCAUUCAAGAAGACUUUCGUGUAUAAUUCAUCACCAUGAGUUUUGGAAAACGUAUAUGUACAACAUCAUCGAGAGGAUCCCGUCUAACUCUUGAUAGUGAUGCCACAUCACAAGGCGAUGAAUUUGAAGAUGGAAAAAGUAACCACAAAAGGGUUAACCGUAACCUCAGUGAGAAGAAGAGGAGAGACCAGUUCAAUAUGUUGGUGCAUGAACUUUGUUCAAUGGUAUCAGCAACCAAUUCCAAGAAAAUGGACAAGUCUACGGUUCUUAAAUCAACGAUAUCAUAUCUCAGGAACUAUCAAGAGACGGCAGUACAGGCAAAGACACAUGAAAUCAAAGAGGAUUGGAAACCAUCAUUUCUAUCUAACGAUGAAUUCAUGCACCUUAUGCUAGAGGCACAAGACAGUUGUCUGUUAGUAUUUAAUCAGCAAGGAAACAUUGUUUAUGCAUCAGAAAGUAUAACAUCUUUACUGGGACAUCUACCUACUGAUCUGGUUAAUCAACAAGUGUAUGACUUCAUUGAGGACAAAGAAAGAUCACAACUUUAUAAUCUCAUAUGCCACGUCAGUAUGACACCAGAAAACCUUAAUGACAACCAGGUAUCAUUCUCUUGUCACUUCAAGCGAGGAUCUCUAGGACCAGACAAACCUCCUGUCUAUGAAACAGUCAAGUUUACAGGUUUUAAACAUUGGAACAAUUUUAAUGACAAUGACGAUUGGAAUUAUGGAAUGAUGGCACAAGUAAAGGAUAACAUGUCAUUCUGUUGUACGGUACAGAUAGAGAACGCUCAGUUUAUACGGGAAAUGUCCAUUAUUGAUGAAGCUAAAGCAGAAUUCACAUCAAGACACAGUCUAGAGUGGAAAUUCCUUUAUCUUGACCAUAGGGCAUCACCAAUUAUUGGAUAUCUACCAUUUGAAGUACUAGGGACGUCUGGGUAUGACUAUUACCACCCUGAUGACCUUGAGAAUUUGAGUAAAUGUCAUGAACAGUUGAUGCAGAAAGGGGAGGAAACCUCAAGGUAUUACAGAUUUCUGACCAAAGGUCAACAAUGGAUUUGGUUACGGACACGGUAUUACAUCACAUAUCAUCAGUGGAACUCUAAGCCAGAGUUUGUAGUGUGUACAAAUGUUGUAGUUAAUUAUUCAGAUGUUAGAGAAAAUCUCUGGAAAGAUAUGGGAUAUAAUACAACCAAUAGUCACACUGCAAACAAAAGGGAAAGAAGUCCAUCUGUUUGUUCUGUUACCUCAGGGCCUAAUAUGUCUUCCUGUCACAGUGUGGGGUCUGCCUCAUCAGACAGAGCAGGAUCAUCAAAAUUAGGAGACAAUGACAACUCACCAUCAUCUAGUAUCCCUACCAGUAAAUACAUUCCACAGACAGUUUCACAGCAUCUACAGCUUCUGUUACAGCAUAGACUACUACAUCAGCCAUUGAGUCAAAGUCAGCCUCCAACUGGUCUGGUUACCAUGGAGAGUCAGCAAGGACCAACACCCUCCACAAGUACUACACAAAUGUCCCCAGUGGUCGAGCCUACAUCUCCACAGUUGUUCCUUACUCCAGUACAACAACAGUUGUAUCGACAGCUUCAAGACAAAGCUCAGCAGUUACAGUCGGCCAUUGUACGACAGCAGACGGAACUACAACAAAUCACACAGCAGUUGAGUUUUGCUAAACAAGGAGGACUAACUGUUCCUGUUAUAUCUUCAUGCCAGCCUAUUGUCACAUCAGUUCCAGUUAGCCCUAUCAUGUUUGCCACAACAUGUGGCAUGCUACCGACAAGUCCACUUCCUCCGUCAGUCUCAGUCCAGCCAAUUUUACCGCUCCAGCCGGUAAUGAUGGACCAUACCAUUCCAUUUCAUCAGUUUAUCUCUAAAGACAAUUCAGAUGACCCAUCUUUAUAGUAGACUAAAGUGUUCAAGAAAUCAAAAAAAAUAUUGUCAACAUUCAUUGUUGUAACUGUAAGAUAAAAGAAUAAAUUAUUCAUGGACAUGAAGAGGAAUAAAAUUCUUUAAUUUAGAGAAAAAGAAAAGAGCAGUGAAAUUUGAUUGGACUCUCCAAAUUUUUCUCAAGAAAUGUUAUUUAUCCUUGUGAAUGGAAUUCAUGAAGUGUAAUGACACACAGACAGAAUAUCAUGAAUGGCAGAUACAAUGGGCAGCUCAAAGAGUUAUCUCCCUUGUUCCUGUGAAGAAUUGAUGCUAUUAUUAUGUAAACUAUUUCAUUGUUGUGAGCGUUUUGUAAAAAAAAAAUCAGAUGCAAAUUUUGCAGUCUGUCAAAUUUUGUAAUGGUGGUGUUUUAGAUAUUGUUGCUAACAAAGAGAAACAUGGAUUUGUUUUCUGCUUUUGUAUCUAGAUCUCUGUAGUUCAGAAAAAUUGAGGUUGAACUUUUUAAGAAUAUUUUUAUGAUUUAUUUUGUCUGAAUAAUUGAUAAAAAUAGAUAAAUUUUGGGAUGAAAAAGAAAUCUGAAAGGAUGAAAAUGGGAAUGAAUUUGGACCUAAAAAAAAAGACAUUUUAAAUGAAGAUCUGUUUGUUGAAAUUUUAUCUAAGAAUGUUUAUUGAUUAGAAAAUAUGUUAUGACUGAAAUUUGAAAUAAGUGUAAAAUUCUUAAGCCUUCAAGAUUUUAAGUGAAUAUUACAGUUCACUCAAAAUUUCUUACAUAAGCUUAAUUCUAUUGAAUUGAACUUGGUAGGAACCUACUUGAAAUGGGUGAACUUUUAUUUAGACUAAGUUAAGUUAACAUAAACUAUAAAGUUUUUAUUGAGCUCAAUCAUCAUUCAUGGUAAGUUUUUAUGAUACAUGUUAUAUAGGUUUGUUAGGGGUCAUCCAUAAUUGUCAACCAUUUUCUAAAGUGUACAAGUACACUUGAGGGAAGGGGGUUAAAAAAUCGUAUCUGCAGGGUUUGUUUUAUUAUCACUGCGAUUAAACCAUUUAUCAUUAUGCGUUUGAAAAUAACGCGAAAUUGUACAUUGAAAGUAGCAUACAGAUUAUGAUGGCAUGCAAAACAAAUCUCACAGAUAUAUGUCAUAAAAAAAACAGCCAGACAUGUUUUAUUUUAUUUUCAAUGCAAAUUUCUUUAUUAGAAUAAACUGUAAUAGACAGGAUCUUCUUUUAAUUAAAAAUGAUUUAUUCUUGUCUUGAAAACUGAAAACGGUUGAUGUACACAUUUUGAGGGAGGGUUGGGGAUCGGAAAAAGUGUACUUUGGAAAAUGUUUGACAAUUAUGGAUGACCCUUUAAUAAUUAUGUAAUUUACACAAAUAAGUGCUAUAGAUCUCAUGACAGAAUGUGUUUUAACAUUUAUCAUUCCAUUAAAUGUUAGAUGUGUCAGUAAUCCAGUGUGUGAUAACAUUCCUGAUGUGAUAGACCCUUUCAUGAUUGACAAUGUUCUACUCCAGAACUACAUGUAUUUAACCUUUGUGUUGGCCACAUGUUCUAAAAUCAGGUACAUUUUCAGUGUAUGUCUUUUCAUAAUUAUCUAAAUGUUUUGCAUCGAUUGCAUAUCUUUGACAGACUUUAAUUUUGAAAACUUUAUAAUUGGAGAUAAUUCAAAUUAUUUUAUUAUAUUAUAUCCCCACUCUGAAAAAAAGGGGGGUAUACUGUUUUACCUCUGUCUGUCCUUCCAUCCUUCCGUCAGUCCAUAUGUCAUAUAAUUUUUCUUUUUUCAUAUGAUAAUGUUAUUUUCUUGAACAAUGAAAAGUGUAAAUUUAACGACAGGUAGCGUGAAAAUAAGCUAGCAUAUAUUAUUGAAAUACACCGUAUCAGAACAUUUUGGCUAUGCAUGAAUGAACUCUGUUAUUUUUUGAAAUACACUGAAAUAAAUAUCUGAAGAGAAUGGUAUUACACCCACACAUUAUAAGUGUGAAUGAUUUUGUUAGAAGUUGUUGUGUUGUCAUGUGAUCCAUACAUGCAUACAUUUAAGGAUUUAUCAUGGAAGGUACUAGGUUACAAUAUUGUUAUUUUAAGUAAAACCUAUGAAAAAACUUUGUAUUGUAUGUGUAUUGAUUAUUUAACUUGUACUGAAAAAGAAAUAUACUUUUAAAGCACCACCGCUAAAAUGAUUUAUUGCAAAAGUAUGGUCAAAACCCAACGCCUAUAGAAAUUUAGAAAGUGGUGCCUUCAAAGCCUAAAUAUUUAUUAAUACAUCUUUUUUUAGUACAACCCUAAUAAAUUUGUAUAUAUUAUUGAUGUUAAAGAAAUUAUUUUUAAUUUUAUAUACCGGUAUAUGCUUCCUAUUAAACAAAAAUUAUUUUUGACUUCAUGACAGUGUUUUACCGAUAAUUUUGGUUGCUAAAUUUUUUAGGAUUAUGCUUUUUAUAAUUUUACAUAUUUUAAUGAACAUUGGUUUUAAUUUUUGUUGUCUAUCUCUUUUUAUAUCACUCAAACAGGAAGAAGCAGGGCUGUGUAUAGGAAUCUCUGUCUGUCCGUCUGUGAGUUUGACUAUCUAUGUGCCAUGUAAUCCAAAUGUCUCAUAAACAUCUAAACACAUAUUGAUAAAGACCACUACCUCAAAAUAUCAUCCAAGUUCAACAUGAUUAAAAGAAGGAAAUCAGAAUAUGAUGAAAGGGAGAUAAUCAAAUUUACUUUCUUUGAUAUACAAAAAGUGUUGUGAGGCAAGGGUAUUCUCUUGCCAGUUUUACCUACAGAUUCAGUUAUCAUUGAUGUAUUUUAAAGAAAACAAACUGCAUUAUUUUGGACACAGACAUAUAAAUCAAUGUAUGUGACACAGUGUUUAGGAAUGUUGUGACUUAAAUUGAUUUAUGUUCUGAUUAAGAAUUAAAACCAUAGGGGAUCAGAGACACUUUUAAGACCCACAAUCACCCAUUAUUUUUUUUCCAUUUUGCUUGUAAUUCAUACAAAAUGGCCAGAAAAAUAUCACCACCAACCCCUUAAAUUUUUGAAACACCCUUUUCCCAUUUUUUUUUGUAUGCAUAAUAGCCAUUAGUAAGAGUUAAAAGUUUUUUAAUUCUUAGAGAAGCCUCUCUUUGGAAGAGGAAGACAUUGUAUCUCUCUAUAUAUAAAAACAAUAGAACAGUCUUCAACUGAAAUUUUCAGUUUUUCUCUCAAAAUGUUUGCCUUAUUGUUUUAUAUUCUUGAACACAUAGUUUAAUGGUU